AAAGGUUAUACAGCUGAUAAAAGUAAUACAGUUGACAAAAGUAAUAUAGUUAAUAAAGAUAAUAUGGUCAAUAAAGGUAACACAGUUAAUAAAGACAACAUAGUUGACAAAAGUAACACAGUUAACAAAGAUAACAUAGUUAAUAAAGAUGACACAGUUAAUAAAGACAAUAUAGUUGAUAAAGAUGACAUGGCUUAA